AUGGGGAGCGGUGCUUUCAGUCUGGUCCUUGCACUGGCCCUGGCAGCAUGUGCCGUCCCUGCAGAGAGGAAGUGCCAGCUCAACGGGCUCUGGAGGAAUGAGCAGGACUCACUGAUGGAGAUUUCGGUGGUGAGGGACAACGGGGACUUCCAGGGGAAAUACCUCACACGGGUCACUCUUGCUGGCGGCUGCGCCCGUGCCUCCCCCCUGAAGGGCGCCCAGCAGCAGCCGGGUGAGGGGGGCUGGCCCACGUUUGCCUUCACCGUGCGCUGGGACAAGUUCUCCAAUGCCACCACUGCCUUCACGGGGCAGUGCUUCGUGGACACGAGUGGGAAGGAGACGCUGACCACCAUGUGGCUGCUACGUGAAGCUGUCGGGUCCCUCAAGGAGGACUGGAAAGCCACAAGGGUGGGCAGAAACGUCUUCACGCGCAAACGCACCCAGAAAGAAAACAUCCUGUCAAGCUUGUCCCCGUCCUGUGAGGAAGAAGCUUCACCUGCCCCAUGA